CUUUGCCUCAGGUGUUUGCAGGUGAUAUAAAAGAAAAAAAAGGAGCUUCUUCACUCGUAUGUGCUGAACCACCUAGAUGCGAACACUUUCUCUCUCUGUGCCUGGUGAGAUACUCAACAGAGCUCAACCACUGCAGCAAUGCCUAGCCCGGGUGUGUGUAUGAACAUCAUCAAUGCACGUAAUGGAAAAAAUGGAUAUGGGACCAUCUCCAACCCCGUGAGCUUCCUCAACCAAGACUACCAGCAGCUGAAGCAGUACUGUCUCAGCCGGCGGGUAAGGUUCAUCGAUGAGACGUUCCCCCCGGACAGGAACACCAUUGGCCAAGGCCUAUUGAAACCUUCUGAUCUGGACCGAGUUAAGUGGCUGAGACCAACGAAAAUUGUUUCUGAUCCAUCGUUUAUUGUUGAUGGGGUCUCCAGAUUUGACUUUGGGCAAGGCCUGGUUGGAAACUGUUGGUUUCUUGCAUCUAUCGGAGCACUGACGUUCCAGGAUAACAUACUCAAACAAGUUGUUCCUCCAGAACAAAAGUUUGAUGCAGACUACUCCGGGCUGUUCCACUUCAGGUUCUGGAGGUUUGGGAAAUGGGUGGAUGUUGUAAUUGAUGACAAGCUACCAACAGUUGAUGGCAGACCAAUCUUUGUCUCUUCCAAAGAGCCAACUGAAUUCUGGCCUGCUUUACUGGAGAAAGCCUAUGCCAAGGUGUGUGGUUCCUAUGCAGAUAUGAAUGCCGGAACUCCUGCUGAGGCUUUGGUAGACUUCACUGGUGGUGUACACAUGUGCAUCAACCUGUCAGAUCCUCCUCCAAACCUGUGGGAGCUGAUGUUCAGAGCGGGCCAAUCCAGUUCUCUGAUGGGUUGUGGGACACCUAAUGGGGCCACAUCUGAAAACACAGUGCAACCAAAUGGAUUGGUCAAAGGUCAUGCCUAUACUGUCACAGGUUUGAAACAGAUGAUAAGCCGAGGGCAACUCAUACACAUGGUGCGUUUGUGGAACCCCUGGGGCCACAAAGAGUGGAACGGAGACUGGAGUGAUAAGUCAUCUUUAUGGCAAACUGUGAGUCAGGAAGAUCGUGAGGAGUGCCUUUCCGUGGGUGAUGACGGAGAGUUUUGGAUGAGCCUAGAAGACUUCUGUAAAUUCUACAAUGAUCUUGACAUCUGCUGUCUGUGUCCUGACUUCCUUGAUGGAAGCUCCUCAUGCCAUUGGAAGACGUCAAUCUAUGACGGCAGAUGGGUUGCAGGAACCACUGCUGGAGGACAGAUGACGCACACGGAGACCUUUUGGACUAAUCCGCAGUAUCGGAUCAGGAUUGGUAAAUUACUCGGUGAAUGUUCUCAGCAACAGGGUGACAAAAACUUGCUGGUGUCUCUCAUGCAAAUGCCUGACAAACGGAAUAGACGCCUUGUCCAAAAUUUCAACAUUGGAUUCAUGAUUUUUGAGGUACCUGAAGAAUACAAGGCAGAGACGGGGAAGUUCCCAGCCUCUUUCUUCAGCAGAAACAGACCUGUGGUCAAGACGAAUAUAUUCCUGGACGCACGUGAGGUGAUGAAGUUCGUCAUGCUGGAGCCUGGUGAAUACCUGAUUGUGCCGUCCACCUUCAAUCCCAACGAGACAACCUCCUUCAUCCUGACAAUCCUGUCCAAGGCAGAGACCCAUGUCCACGAGAAUUCUGGUGGCCGAAACCACGAACACAUGGAAGCAAAAGAGCCAACACCAGGCGGGAAAGGAGCGGAUGACGACAAUAAGAGAACAUUUUUCCGUCAAUAUUCUGACAAGUAUGAAGAAGUGGAUGCUGAGCAGUUGAAGAUGAUUCUAAAUGAUUGGAUCCUGAAAGGAGAUUUGAAAUCUGGAGGCUUCAGCAUCGACGCCUGUCGCAGCAUGAUUGCUCUGAUGGAUUCAUCUAUCACAGGCAAACUGAAUGGGGACGAAUUUCUGCGUCUGUGGAAGAAUGUCAUCACAUACAAGGACAUUUUCUUCAGCACGGACGUUUCACGUACUGGAACACUGUCACUGAAUGAGCUCAGGAAUGCAAUCAUGGCUACAGGGAAGAGGGUCAGCGAUGACAUGCUGAAUUUGAUGGCUCUGCGCUACGGUGCCGCCUCUGGACACAUGACACUGGAGAGUUUCAUCAGUCUAGUUCUCCGCUUUGACUGCAUGAACCAAAUCUUCAGGCAGUUGUCCGAUGGAUCAGCCAUGACUCUUCGCGAAACAGAGUGGUUGUACCUUUCGAUGUACACUUAAAGCGAAGGAGAAGACAGGCCUCAGGACUCAGUUGGAGCUACCACAGCAGAUGAUGUGGAGAAACGAAUAAUAAGCUCUCCUGCAAGUUGACAAUUCCAUUUUUUGGGGGGGUACCACAGGGCAUUUAUGUCACUGUACUGCAGAGCGUAGUGGGGAAACAAAUGGUCUACCUGAUUGAGUACUAUUACUCAAUAGCAUGUAUUGGCUAAAGGUAUUUUCUGUUUUGCUGUUAGGCCAACAAUAACCUUGUUUUGGCCAUGCCACGUUGUCUGUCACUUUUGGUCCACACUUUAAUAUCACAACAAUUAUGGAUGUAUUGCCACAUCAUUUUGGUGCUGGUCCUUUGUGAUCCAUCACCUGUGUUUGACCACCAUGUUUGUUGAAUGUGGUGGUUUUGAAAGUUAUCGCUUGACAACUAUUGGACUGCCAUGGAAUUGAAUACAGAUAGUGAUUGACAAUAGAGUGUCACCAUUAGUUAAAAUGUUUUACCUUGUCCGGCACUUUCUCCGCUUUACUUUGUGUUUAGGGGUGAUUAACCAAAGUAAUGAUAUAGUAUAAUAAAAUACCUGCUAAGUAUCAGCAUGAUAGCAAUGACGAUGUGAACAGGUGAGCAUGUUAUUGUUAACAUCUACUACACUGUCUGUAAGCAUAGUACUGAAAGUGUGGCUAGGUCUCUCGGCUCAUAUUUGUAAAUGUAUUUUUUAGGUGGGUUAAUGCAUUUUCUGUUUUAGGAAAGAUACUGUAGGAAGAUACUUUUUUUCUUUUUUUCUUUUCUUUACAGAAUAAAGACAUUAUCCAAUCA